UGAGAGAGAGAGAGAUCUAAUGGAGAAGAAAGAAGAGAGUGUGAAGCUUUUAGGGUUUUGGAUAAGCCCUUUUAGUCGUAGGGUCGAGAUGGCUCUCAAACUUAAAGGCGUACCAUACGAGUACUUGGAGGAAGACUUACCCAAAAAGAGCACUUUGCUUCUUGAGCUUAAUCCAGUUCACAAGAAGGUUCCGGUUCUUGUCCACAAUGAUAAAAUCUUGUCCGAGUCACAUGUCAUCCUCGAAUACAUCGACCAAACAUGGACUACUAAUCCAAUUCUACCUCAAGAUCCUUACGAGAAAGCCAUGGCUCGAUUUUGGGCCAAGUUCAUCGAUGAACAGAUCCUACCAGUUGGGUUCAUGCCCCUAGUAAAAGCAGAGAAGAGGAUUGAUGUUGCUAUUGAAGAGAUCCGAGGACUGAUUACGUUUCUUGAGAAGGAAGUUACUGGAAAAGAUUUCUUCGGCGGCAAGACAAUCGGAUUCUUGGACAUGGUUGUAGGAAGUAUGAUCCCGUUUUGUCUGGCUCGGGCUUGGGAAUGUAUGGGAAUUGAUAUGAUUCCAAAGGAGACAUUUCCAGAGUUAAACAGAUGGAUCAAGAAGUUGAAUGAAGUUGAGAUUGUGAGGCAAUGUAUACCUCCAAAAGAAAAACAUAUUGAACGCAUGAACAAAAUUAUUGAGAGAGUUAAGUCUUCCUAAAGUAAUGACAACAUCAUAACUCUGUUCUGAUGAGUUAACACAUUUCUUUUGUUACUUAUGUGAGUUUAAUGUUGUAUUAGAGUACUGUAAUUUUUUU